UGAUUGGCUGCCGGGAUCAGGGUGACACAGACGCAUGCGCGGGAGGUUUUUCUAAAAACGGUUUGCAACAAAAAAUCAAAGACCAGCAAUAGUGGAGAGAUAACUAAAAAAAUAAAAAUGCACCCCGUUGGUAGGACUGUUUUUUGAAAAAUUAGCAUUGUAGUGUCGCCAAUCGUCCACAUCGAAACUUCCCUACUGCAAAAUCCCGCAGCCUGCUAUAACCUUGGCGCCAUAUAGCAAUGUCUAGUAAAAUCAUCCUGUAUAAAAAAAGUAUUGUCAACGUAGUGCUUGUUGUGUUUUGAUUCGAGGAGUGCAAGUAAAUAGCAGUGCAAAUUGUAGUGUAAAUUAUGAUAAAUUCAGUGCAACAUUGUAAAAAGCCUUCUGUGACAAGGUCCAUGGAAUAUAAUUGGUGUUAUUGGAUUUAAUAAGAAACGAAAAAUUUCGAAUGUCUUGCCAAUGUAUUUGCAUCUCUCUGAUCUUGCAGUUAGACAUGACGUUUUUUGGAAAGAUAGAAACGAUUGUCGCAAGAGUCGCAAGAUUAUGGCCAGCGGCGACAAGAAGAGUCCACAACUGAGCAAAAUCAAAGUCAAGGUCGGAAAUAGUACGGUGACAGCCAGUGAUUCGGACGCUAGCGUGGAAACUAAUAGUUUGAGUGCGGAUAGUACGACGGAACAGAAUAAUGUCACGCAAACUGAAAAGCGACGAAAGAAAGCCAGGAGGGGGUCGGAAUGGGAAAUUAUGGAAGGGUUGAAAGAUGGGCAAAGGUUUGAAAGUAAGCCGAACCCGUUUAGUGGAUUUUUGCAUAAGAAGAGGAAGUGGCCUUUGAAGGGGUGGCAUAAGCGUUAUUUUUUACUCGAAAAGGGUAUAUUAGUUUAUGGAAAGGGCCCUAAUGAAAUAAGUAAAGGAAAAAUCCACGGCACCGUCGAUAUUGGUUUGUCUGUGAUCACUACGAAAAGCAAGAGGCGACGUAUAGAUAUAGACGCGGAAGAAUUUAUUUAUCAUUUGAAAGCGAAAAGUGAGGAUGCUUUUACGAGCUGGGUACAACAACUCACUGCUCACCGGUUGUACAGACAACAUAUUUUGACGUAUGGAACGAACGUUGGGACGCUUUUUAAACCAGCCGAUGGGUUGCAUAGUAUACCGAGGACUCCUGAAAUAGUGAGUCGCGAUGGCAGCCUUACUCGAGGCUUGCAACCGCCAUCUAGUGGCGGCCGGCUCAGUUUAUGGCUCCAGGAAUCACUCUCUUCCCUUGAACAAUUUCAAAGAGAUACAACAAAUGUCGAACAAAACGUAACGAAAUUAUCGCGACUCUUGCAACAAAUCGAAGCUAGUGCUAUUUUGGGGACUGAGGUGGUUGAGGCACUCUCGCCCAAUAUUAAAAAAGAUAGGAGGAAGUUUGGUUUGAAGAAGAAAAAGUCGUCGAAAGGUGGCAGUGUUGAUCUAACAAUACAGUUCAGUGCAGCUAAUAAAUCAUCAGGAACCGAUGCUGACAACACUUCGCCACUAUCUGCGAAUUCUUUUUCAGCUCUUUCGACCUCUCCUCAGCAACUUGGAGUCAAUACCGUGGCCAGUUUGCCAGUGCCUAAUGCUUCAACAACUCCAACUCCUGAUAGUCUUAGUAAUGUAGAUGUUAUCUCCUUGUCAACGGAGAAUCAGCUUAGGGAAGAUUUCUUGUCGUUGGCAAAAACUGUUCUUGGUAGUCUUAAAACGUUAACUUUUGGCUUAAGUACCGAACGUGAGCGUCUUAAGUCAGCUCUAGAGUUAGAAGGAACCGUCAAUGUCAAUCAAAGUGUAGUUAAUUUAAGAAAUAAUCUAAACCAAGUUCUCCAGCAAAACACCGAACUGAAAAGUCGUCUGUUGCGAAUCCACGAAGCUUCAGACUUGACCGACUUGUCUUCGUUAGAGCAGCUCUCGGAAAACCAUCGUCCCUAUAACGCUUCGUUGAGCUAUAGUUCCUCGUGUGUGAGUGCAACCGAAUUUUUCGAUGCCGAAGAUUUACCGACUGAAAAAACCAUCCUGGAUACCGAAGAUCCAGACAUACAAGAAGAGGAAUCUGAGGUGCGUACACGUUCUGAAAGUAGUUCGGAGGCGGGCUCGCUCUCCAGCGGCGAAGGAAGCAUCAGUUCAGAGUCUGAACUCGGCACGGAGCUAAACACAGUCAAUAAUUCGCUAGAUUUGGCAGGGUCCCAGAGCCUGACCGGCCGCCGGACGGUCCUUCCUGCACCUCGUCCCCACACCGAAGGCCUCUCCCUAUGGAACCUCUUGAGCAGAAACAUCGGCAAAGACCUGUCCCAGAUAAGUAUGCCUGUGGCCCUCAACGAACCCCUCAAUGUCCUCCAGAGGCUGUGCGAAGAGCUCGAGUAUUCCGAAUUGUUGGACAAAGCGGCUUCUUUGGACGACCCGUACGAACGUAUGGUCCAAAUAGCCGCGUUUGCCGUUUCCGCCUAUGCCAGUACUCUUACCAGAGCCGGAAACAAGCCUUUCAAUCCUCUAUUAGGGGAGACGUAUGAGUGUACUCGAGAGGAUAAAGGGUUUAAGUUUUUGGCGGAACAAGUGUCGCAUCAUCCCCCCAUUAGCACUUGUUAUGCGAAAAGUAAUAAUUUCACGUUUUGGCAAGACGCAAGAGUUAAAACAAAAUUCUGGGGGAAAAGUAUGGAGUUUCAACCGCUGGGGAGUGUGCAUGUGCUGUUGCCCCGAACCGGGGAUUUAUACACGUGGAAUAAAGUCACAACUUGUGUCCAUAAUUUAUUCAGCGGGCAAAGAUGGGUCGAUCAGUAUGGAGAGUUGAGAGUUAGUAAUGGGCGAAUCACGUGCAAGUUGACUUUCAACAAGGCCAGCUAUUGGUCGGCGAAAAGACACGAGGUCGUGGGGGCCGUGUUCGACGAGUCGGGCAAGACGGUGCACCGUUUGUUUGGUAAGUGGUCAGAGUCGUUGUACUGUGGGGUCCCCCCAUCGGCUCGGUGCAUUUGGAGGGCCGGGAAUUUGCCCCCGAACCACGAGCGUUACUACGGAUUUACCCGAUUCGCAAUCGAGUUGAAUGAAUUGGGCCCCGAUGCGCAUUUGUUGCCGCCUACUGAUACUCGUUUCCGGCCUGACCAGAGGGCGCUGGAGGAGGGUGAUUUGAAUACGGCCGAAACCCUGAAAUUACAGUUGGAAAGUGCGCAGAGAGACCGUAGGAAGAGGAGGGAGGAGUUGAAUAUCAGGUAUGAGCCGCGAUGGUUCUCGAACCAGAAGGAUGAUAUGUGGGAGUACAAUGGGAAGUACUGGGAGAUGCGGAAAAAUCCCGGGUUUGCGAAUAUGCAGUUCGAGUCGUUGUGGUGACUGGCAAUACGCAAUUUGUAGGCUAAACCAGUGAUUUGCGUGCAAUUAUAGUGAUUUUAGUAUUUAAAUUGUUUCCUUAUGAAUGCCAUGCUUGUAUAAACCGGUCGUUUCAGAGUUACUAUUUUAUUUUUAAGCAAUAAGAGAUUUAAUGAUUAUAAUGGAAUGAAGUGUAGUGAUAUAUCCAUUAGUUUUUAGGUAGUGGCAUUUUAGUUACGUAGCUAAUGCAAAAAAUCAAUUGUGUAUUGGUAAGAAAAUAAAAAUUCCACUUUGAACUUUCCUAUCUAGUCACUAAUUAUUGUUCAAUAAGAUUAAAUAAUGUAUUGUUAUUGUUGUAACUUAAUAUUUAUUUUUAUGUUAAGAAAUGUAAUUUUUCUUUUAUUGUUUUUGAUGGAAAACAUAUAACAGCUACAUUGUUCAUAAAUUAAAGUGUCUUUUUCGGAUUCUUGUAGAAUUAGUUGGAUUUUUAUGUCAAUGAAGGGUGACAAUAAUCACUACAACGCCAAUUGUUUAAAGGAAGCUUCAUUUUUAAACAUGCGCAUUGCUUUCACAGGACCUAACUAGACGUUAUCAUUCAUUUUAAAUUCUGUUAUUUGUAAAAUGCUCUUUUAAAGGUGAAGGUUAAAUAAAAAUGUUAAACAUUACAAA